AUGCUUGCGAUGGCUCGCCCGGCCUAUCAAUCGAUUUUGCAGCUCUCCCCAGAUAAGCCUGCCCUGGUCUUCGUUCCAAGCCGCAAGCAGGUCCGUGCGACCGCUGCGGAUCUCCUCUCGGCAUGUGCCAUCGAUAACGACGAAGAUCGUUUCCUGAACGCUGAUGUCAGUGAGCUUGCUCCUUUGCUUGAGCGUAUCCACGAGCAGACCCUUGCCACAUCGCUGUCCCAUGGUAUUGGCUAUUACCACGAAGCUCUAAAUGCCACUGACAAGCGCAUUGUCUUGCACCUAUUCAGCAUUGGUGCGAUCCAGGUGCUGUUGGCCUCGAGAGAUGUGUGCUGGGAACUGGAUAUCACGGCUCACUUGGUCAUCGUUAUGAACACUCAGUUCUUCGAAGGUCGUGAGCAUCGCUACAUCGACUACCCCAUAAGCGAUAUCUUGCAAAUGUUCGGCAAAGCCUCCCGCCCCGGUCAGGACAAGCUUGGCCGUGGUGUUCUUAUGGUGCCAGCAGUGAAGCGCGACUACUACAAGAAGUUCUUGAACGAGGCCUUGCCUGUCGAGAGUCACCUGCAGGUCUACCUCCACGAUGCCUUUGUGACCGAAGCCAGCACAAAGACCAUCUCCUCCACCCAGGAUGCGGUUGAUUGGAUGACAUAUACCUAUUUCUAUCGCCGUCUCCUUGCGAACCCCAGUUUCUAUGGUCUUAGCGACGUGAGCCACGAGGGACUCAGCACAUUCCUGUCGGAGCUGGUGGAGAACACAUUGAAGGAGUUGUCAGAGGCAAAGAUCAUUGAUGUUGAUGAAGAGGAUGACAGCGUUUCGCCUUUGAACGCUGCCAUGAUUGGUGCUUACUACAACAUCUCGUUUAUCACAAUGCAGACCUUCUUGUUGUCGCUCUCGUCGCGGACCAAGCUCAAGGGCAUCCUGGAGAUUGUGACCUCCGCGACUGAGUUCGAGUCUAUCCAGAUGCGUCGCCAUGAGAAUCACAUUCUUCGCCGCGUGUAUGAUCGUGUUCCGGUUAAGAUGUCAGAGGUUUCCUUCGACUCUCCUCAUUUCAAGGCCUUCGUUCUCCUCCAGGCCCACUUCUCCCGCAUGCAGCUCCCUCUUGAUCUUGCCAAGGAUCAGGAAGACAUCGUUCGCAAGGUCCUUAACCUGCUCAGCGCUUGUGUAGAUGUUCUCUCAUCCGAGGGUCAUCUCAACGCGAUGAACGCGAUGGAAUUGUCCCAGAUGGUGGUUCAGGCCAUGUGGGAUCGUGACAGCCCUCUGAAGCAGAUUCCCCACUUCUCCCCUGAUGUGAUCAAGGUGGCCAAUGAAUACAAGAUCAAUGAUAUCUUCGAAUUCAUGGAGGCCAUGGACCCAUCGGAGAACAAGGACUACGCUACUUUGGUCAAGCGCCUCGGCCUCGACAACAAGCAAUUGGCACAAGCUGCGGCUUUCACCAACGAGAGGUAUCCCAACAUCGAGCUCGACUUCGAAGUUGAGGAUGCCGAGGCCAUCACUUCGGGUGAACCUGCAUACCUCAAGGUCAAGAUUGAACGGGACAUCGAAGAAGACGAAGAGCCCGACGCUACCGUGCACGCACCAUUCUACCCCAGCCAGAAAAUGGAGAACUGGUGGUUGGUUGUUGGUGACGAGAAGACCAAGAGCCUGUUGGCUAUCAAGCGUGUCACCAUCGGUCGCAAACUCGAGCUGCGCCUGGAGUACGUGGUCCCUACUCCUGGAGAUCAUGAGUUGACGCUCUACCUUAUGAGCGACAGCUAUGUUGGCGUGGAUCAGGCUCCUACGUUCAGUGUCAAUGCAGCAGAGGGAAUGGACGAGGAUGAGAGUGAAGAGGAAGAAGAGGUCCUGCUCGGAGCACCCAGACGGUCCUCAGCUGUCCCCAAUGCGGCCGGCACCCUAGCAGUCUAUACGCAGACGUCCUACUCCUUCGAGUCUCAUUCCAAGACCAAUGAAAUCCGCGUUUUCGAUAUCGCCUCCGGCCGCUCUGCCCUUAUCACCAACGACCCUGGCGCCAGUAACCCACAGUGGGUGGACGGCAGCGACAAAAUUGUCUGGCUAAAGACCAAGGGCAAUGGCAACACAAGCUUCGUCGUCGGCGAUGCCCGUCAGAGCGAUGAAACAUACACCGCAGGCACCGUCCCGGGCCCCGUAUCGGACCUGAAGGUGGUCAGUCUGGAACCAGGAAAGGUCGGCUUCGCCGUGACAGGCAAGGCUAAUACAGACGGAUCCCUGUACAAUCCCCACGAUGCGAAGAAGUCCCAUACGACCGGUAAACUGUACACGUCUCUCUUUGUCAGACACUGGGACUCGUAUGUUGAGCCCCAGAAGAACGCGAUCUUUUAUGGCUUGCUGGAACAGACUCCUCUGUCACCGGCCCGUCGACAGGCUGGGAAGUACUCGAUCUCAGGCCUCACAAACUUGAUCGCGGUCUCGGGACUGGCGGGCGUCGAGUCGCCGAUCCCACCCUUUGGUGGUACUGGGGACUUUGAUAUUGGCCCGUCGGCUAUUGUUUUUGUUGCGAAAGAUCCUAACCUAAACCCCGCGACUCAUACCUCUUGCUCGUGCUACUAUGCUCCCAUGUUCUCGUGGACUAGCAUGAGUGAGUCUGAACCAAAGAUUUGCAAGGUCACGGGUCUUCAGGGAGCGAUGUCGUCUCCUGUCCUUAGCUCAGAUGGUAGCUCUAUUGCCGUUCUGGCGAUGCGCGAGGAUGGCUAUGAGUCUGAUAAGAACCGUAUCCUGUAUGUCCCUAACCCGUGGAAUGGAGAUAUGAUCGAAAUUUUCCAGUCGGACGAUGGCGAAGGACUCUGGGAUCUCAGUCCCUCGGCCGUAUCGUUUGCUCAUGAUGACAAGUCGCUGUUGCUUCAUGUCGAGGAGGUUGGCCGCGGAGUUCUUUACCAACUGCCGUUAGAGAAUGUGCACACAAUCAAGCCCGACUCUCUAAAGAGACUGACGAGAUCGGGAUACGUCAAUGACGCCGUUCCCGCAGCUGCCAAAUCCCCCAAGCUGUUCGUUUCUAGCAGCAGCCUGGUCGAUAACAGCCUGUGGACCAUCAUUGACCCAGCGCACCCAGAUGAUGUCCAAAUGGUAUCCUCAAACGGACGAGGCGGCAACGCAUUCGGCUUGUCCUCGUCCCAGGUCGAUGAGAUCUGGUUCAAGGGGGCCGAAGAUCACCCUGUCCACGCGUGGGUUGUGAAGCCGUCUGACUUCAAACCUGGGAGCAAGUACCCGCUUGCUUAUUUGAUUCACGGUGGACCCCAGGGCGCUUGGAAUGAUCAGUGGAGCACGCGCUGGAACCCGGCUGUUUUCGCCGAACAGGGUUACGUCGUGAUUACACCCAACCCAACAGGCAGUACUGGCUACGGCCAGCCCUUCACCGAUGGAAUCCAGGGACAAUGGGGGGGUCGGCCCUACGAGGACCUGGUCAGGGGAUUCGACUAUAUCGAGCACCACUUAGAUUACGUCGACAUUACGCGCGCGGUUGCCCUGGGCGCUUCAUAUGGCGGCUACAUGAUGAACUGGAUGCAGGGCAAUUUGCUCGGGCGCAAGUUCAAGGCGUUAGUUACUCACGAUGGAGUGUUUAGCAUGACGUCUCAGAUGGCUAGCGAAGAGCAAUACUUCCCACUACAUGACCUGAAGGGGCCGAUCUGGAAGGUACCCGAGAAUUGGGCGAAGUGGGAUCCAUCGCGCUUCACGGAACACUGGCAAACGCCUCAUCUGAUCAUUCACAACGAGUUGGAUUACCGUCUGACCAUCGCUGAGGGUCUAGCUGCGUUUAAUGUGCUCCAGAUGCGUGGCAUUGACAGUGCGUUCCUGACGUUCCCUGACGAGAAUCAUUGGGUCCUGAACCCUGAAAACUCGCUCAUGUGGCACCGGACCGUUUUGAACUGGAUUAACAAGUACGUGGGACUCCCGGCCGUGUCAGAGGAACCCGAUCUGUCACGCGGAGUGGGCAGUCUGUCGCUGUGA